AUGAAAUCAACAUUCACUUUGGCGGCUCUGUCGCUCUUUGCCUCGCAAUGCCUUGCGGCCUCAGUCGACAUGUGGUCUGCUCCCCUCAGCGCCCGGAGCGCAGCCAAAUACGAGCCCAUUGACCCUGAGGUGAUCAAGUCUCGACUGGGCACCACGCCCGAGGAGAAUGAUCCAGAGCACAGGCACCCUGGAAUGGUCUACUUUUGCCGUGAGGAAAACUGGGGACCUCCCUGCUUCGUCUACUAUCCCGAGCUUGAGUACACAUGCUCCGAGCUGGGGCCAGAGCUCGCAGGUCAUGUUGGAUCCGUCUUUGUCGAGCCCGGUACCAUCUGUCGAAUGGCAACACUCAGCGCCCAGGACCGAUGUUACCCGAUCGAGUUCUUUGCCUGGCCAGAAACUCAGUUUGGCUGGCCCGACCUCUUCCAAAGGGAGAGCCCCGAUGGCGAAGGCAAGCUUGGAUAUGAGACGACGCACUUUACAUGCGCCGAGUGCACAAAUUGUGUGCGUAACCCACAGUAA